GCAUCAUCAUCACCAUUCACUACUACGAGCGUUCACCAAUGGAGACGGCCACGCGCUCUAGUGUUCCUCACACAUAGAUUUCAAAGAACCGUAGGCGUAAAGUCCGACCAUCAUCAUAACCAUCAUCCGUGGAAACGUAUCCUGCAAUGAUGAAUUCUGCCGAGGCGGCUGAGGAAGGACCGAACGAUCCAGAUACGGAGCAGUUUUUCAAAACUGUUCCGUCUUUCUCAUCAGGAUCUCUUAGGAAUGAUGGAAUAAAGGCAGCUGAUGUUCUAACAGUUUUAAGAGAGAAGGUUGCCUUUGUCUCAGGAGGAAGAGACAAGAGAGGGGGACCCAUCCUUACAUUCCCUGCACGAAGUAAUCAUGACAGAAUAAAACAAGAAGACUUGCGGAAACUGGUGACCUACCUCUCUACAGUGCCCAGUGAGGAUGUAAGUAAACGAGGGUUUACAGUGAUCAUAGACAUGCGCGGCUCGAAGUGGGAUCUAAUCAAGCCGUUGCUGAAGACGCUACAGGAGUCGUUUCCAGCUGAGAUCUGCGUCGCUCUCAUUAUCAAACCAGACAACUUCUGGCAGAAGCAGAAGACCAACUUUGGCAGUGCCAAGUUCACCUUUGAGACCAGUAUGGUUUCAGUGGAAGGUCUGACUAAGUUGGUGGACCCGUCUCAGCUGACGGCAGAUCUGGAAGGGACCCUGGAGUACGACCACGUGGAAUGGACUGAGCUCCGUGUUUCUCUUGAAGAGUUCACUGGAGGCGCUCUGCACCUCCUUUCCCGGCUGGAGGAGCUGCAGGAGGUGCUGUCUCGCCAGGAGCUGGCCACUAAUGCAGAGGAAGCACGGAAACUCCUGGAGGAGCACGCUCGACUGAGGAAGACUAUGACGAAGGCCCCGGUGGAUGAGUUAGACCAUGAAGGACAGCGGCUCCUUCAGAAGAUCAGGGACGGGGGAGACGGAAGGCUCUCUGGUGGGGCAGACUUCCAGAGUUUGGUACCUAAGAUUUCCACCCUGUUGGAUAAACUUCAAGUUACGCGGCAGCACCUGCUACAGGCCUGGCACAACCGCAAACAGCAGCUGGACCAGUGUUUUCAGUUACGAUUGUACGAGCAGGAUGCAGAAAAGAUGUUUGAAUGGAUCGGACACAAUAAAGAGCUGUUCCUGCAGACGCAGACAGACAUUGGCGUGAGCUACCAGCAUGCAGCAGAUCUACAGACCCAGCAUGACCACUUUGCUAUGAACUCUAUGAAUGCGUAUGUCAAUAUUUCGCGUAUUGUCUCGGUGGCGACGCGGCUCUGUGAGGCGGGUCAUUAUGCUGCCGCUCAGAUACAGCAGAUCUCUGGUCAGCUGGAUCAGGACUGGAAGAGCUUUGCUUCGGCGCUGGAGGAGCGCAGUGCCAUCUUGGCCAUGUCCUCUGUGUUCCACCAAAAGUCUGAACAGUUUCUUUCCAGCAUGGAGGGAUGGGUGAAGUCAUGCGGUGAGGGCGGCUUGCCGACAGCAACGCAAGAACUUGAGAUGGCCAUUCACAACCACCAGAAUCUGUACGAGCAGGUCACCGCAGCAUAUACAGAGGUCAGUCAGAAAGGAAAGACACUACUGGAUGUGUUGCAGAGGCCUCAGCCUCCGGCUGACUCGGGGUCUCUGACGGCAGGGGCCGACUACAGUCAGGCGGUGAGGGGGGUUCUGGAGGGGGUCCAUGAGGUGGUUCAUCAGUAUCGCAGACUGGAGGGUCUCUUGCAACACCGCAAGCUCCGACUGCACCAGAGACUUCAGCUGUGUGUGUUUCAACAAGAUGUGCAGCAGGUCUUGGACUGGAUUGAAAACCAUGGCGAGGUAUUCCUCAGUAAGCACACAGGAGUUGGGAAGUCUGUACACAGGGCAAGAGCACUACAAAAACGGCACGAUGACUUCCAGGAGGUGGCACAGAACACUUAUACUAAUGCGGAUAAGCUCUUGGAGGCAGCGGAGCAGCUGGCUCAGACGGGAGAGUGUGAUCCAGAAGAGAUUUACGCUGCCGCCCAUCAACUGGAGGUCAGAGUUCAGGAGUUUGUACGGAGGGUGGAGCAGAGGAAACUACUGCUGGAUAUCUCAGUGUCUUUUCACACCCACACUAAAGAGCUGUGGUCGUGGAUGGAGGACUUGCAGAAGACUCUUGUGGAGCCAGUGGUGAACUCUGAGUCUGUGGAUGCUGUUCAGGAGCUGAUCAGACUGUUUCAGCAGCAGCAGAGCAGCACUCUGGAUGCCAUACUCAAUGUCAUCAAAGAAGGAGAGGAGCUCAUUCAGCAUCUGCGGGACUCAGCGUUGGCCUGUAAUAAGCUGCCUCAUGCCAGCUCUGUGGCUCAUAUCGAGGGCGUUCUUCAGCAGUUGGAUGAGGCUCAGGCUCAUAUGGAGGAGAUUUUCCACGAGCGCAGGAUCAAACUGGACAUCUUCCUGCAGCUCCGUAUCUUUGAACAGUAUGCCUUGGAGGUUAUGGGUGAGCUGGAUGCAUGGAAACAGGAUCUGAUUCGACAAGCAACUGAUUUCAACACAGAAGAACUUACGCUGGCUGAACAGAGAUUACACAGACACACUGAGCGCAAACUCGCCAUGAACAACAUGACCUAUGAGGUUAUACAGCAGGGACAGGAUCUUCACCAGUACAUCAUGGAGGUCCAGGCUUCAGGUAUGGAAAUCACUGGAGAAAAAGAUGUUGACUUGGCGGCAAAAGUUCAAGAGCUGCUGGAGUUCUUGACUGAAAAACAGCAUGAGCUGGAAGUGAGCGCAGAACACACACACAAACGUCUGGAGCAGUGCCUUCAGCUACGACACCUGCAGGCCGAGGUCAAACAGGUGCUGGGUUGGAUCCGUAACGGUGAAUCCAUGCUCACAGCGAGCACAACGAAUGCAGGUUCCCUAUCUGAGGCGGAACAACUUCAGAGAGAGCAUGAACAAUUUCAGCUUGCCAUGGAGUCUCUUCUCCAUGCCGACUCCCUGCAGCGCACCCACCAGAGUGCCCUGCAGCUCCAGCAGAGGGCGGAGCUGAUGUUGCAGGCGGGUCACUAUGACCCAGACGCUGUCCGGGCCUGCGCUGAGACCGUGGCCCUGCACUGGCAGACCCUCAUGCUGAAGAUGGAGGACAGAUUAAAGCUGGUUAAUGCCUCUGUGGCCUUCUACAAAACAUCUGAACAGGUAUGUAAUGUAUUGGAGAGUCUGGAACUGGAGUACAGGAGAGAGGAGGACUGGUGCGGGGGUCAUGAUAAAUUGGGCUCAACGGCAGAGACUGACCACGUCAGCCCUCUCAUCAACAAACACCUGGAGCAGAAAGAAGCCUUUCUCAAGGCGUGUACUUUAGCACGUCGUAAUGCGGAGGUCUUUCUUAAAUACAUCCAUCGAAACAAUGUGAGCAUGCCUGGGGUCGCUCCCCACAAUCGAGCCACUGAGUCCCAAGUCAAAGCCAUUCUGAGUGAGCUCCUACAGAGGGAAAAUCGUGUCCUUCAUUUCUGGACUAUGAAAAAAAGACGUUUAGAUCAAUGCCAACAGUACGUUCUGUUUGAACGACAUGCCAAACAGGCCAUAGACUGGUUACAGGAGACAGGAGAAUAUUUUCUGUCCACACACACAUCGCCUGGUGAUACCAGCGAAAAAACUCAGGAACUACUAAAAGAGUACGAAGAUUUCCGUGUAUCCGUAAAGCAAACACAGGAGAAGGUAAAGCUGUUGAUCCAGCUGGCUGGUAGUCUGGUUGAGAAAGGGCAUGUCCAUGUGACCGAGCUCAAGAGGUGGGUUUCUACGGUGGACAGAAGGUACAGAGACUUCUCUAUGCGGAUGGGUCAGUACCGCUGCAGCUUGGACCGAGCGGUAGGAGUGUGUUCUGAGGGCAGUAACAUUAUCCCAGCCAGCUUGACCCACACUGACCCAGAGGUCAACCUCAGCGAUCCCGACCAAGAGGUUAAUGAGGAAAAGAAGAAAUCUGCCAGAAAGAAAGAGUAUAUUAUGGCUGAGCUGCUCCAGACAGAAAGAGCUUAUGUACGAGACCUACAGGAGUGUUUGGAGACCUUUCUCUGGGAAAUGACAAGCGGUGCUGAGAUCCCAUCUGGAAUUGCGAACAAAGAACAUGUGAUCUUUGGGAACAUUCAGGAGAUUUAUGAAUUCCACAACAACGUUUUUCUGAAAGAGCUGGAAAACUAUGAGCAGCUUCCAGAAGAUGUGGGCCAUUGUUUUGUCACAUGGGCUGAUAAAUUCCAUAUGUACGUCACCUACUGCAAAAACAAACCUGACUCCAGUCAGCUCAUCCAGGGCCAGGCCGGAAGAUUCUUUGAUGAGAUACAGCGGAGACAUGGAUUGGCCAAUUCAAUCUCAUCGUACCUGAUCAAACCCGUUCAGAGAAUCACCAAAUACCAGCUUUUACUGAAGGAGUUGCUGACAUGCUGUGAGGAAGGGAAAGGAGAAAUAAAGGAGGGUUUGGAGGUGAUGCUCAGUGUGCCUAAACGUGCUAAUGAUGCCAUGCACGUCAGCAUGCUGGAGGGUUUUGAUGAGAACCUGGCCGUACAGGGGGAGUUGAUCCUACAGGACACCUUCCAGGUGUGGGACCCCAAAUCUCUGAUCCGCAAGGGCCGGGACCGACAUCUCUUCCUCUUUGAGAUCUCUCUCGUUUUCAGUAAAGAGAUGAAAGACUCGUCAGGACGCACCAAAUAUGUUUACAAGACCAAGCUGCUGACAUCAGAGUUAGGAGUCACCGAACACAUUGAAGGUGAUCCGUGUAAGUUUGCUCUAUGGGCCGGCCGGACACCUACAUCUGACAACAAAACAGUUCUCAAGGCCUCCAGUAUAGAAGUGAAACAGGAGUGGAUCCGGAACAUCAGGGAAGUGAUUCAAGAGCGAACCAUUCACCUGAAGGGGGCACUAAAGGAGCCCAUACACCCUCCCAAAACCCCAGCCAGACAGCGCAGCAUCAGCAAGAGGGAAACGACUGAGGACGCAGACAGCCAGGGUGAUGCCAGCAGCCAGCCGGACACAAUCUCCAUCGCUUCCCGCACCUCCCAGAACACUGUAGACAGUGACAAGGUACAACUACACUACAAAAACACAAUCAUAACUCUAUGACAUCCACUAUGUAGA